UCUUCGCUUCCUGCCUGGCGGAGGGAGGGGUCGGUGCUGACGGCUGGGAGGACGAGCUGAACGUUAAGAAAGCCUUGGGAAAGCGAUAAGAAGCGAGGGGAAAGGGCCCGAGGUUUUUACCUUCCGUCGGGAAAAAUUGUCGCUCGACUCUGAUUAGCACCUGAAGCAAGUGCAAUGUCGUCCAGUCGUCAGCUUAGUGAGAGCAGGGCCAUCCCGACCAGGACGGUGCUGAUCAACGAGUCAACGCAGCUACCUCACGACUAUUGCACCACUCCCGGAGGCACUUUAUUCUCCACCACCCCGGGAGGAACCCGAAUAAUCUAUGAUCGCAAGUUCCUGUUAGACCGGCGUAACUCGCCCAUCGCCCAGACCCCGCCAGCACAUCUGCCGGUUAUCCCAGGAGUGACAAGCAAGAACGUCCUGAAUGAAAACAAGAGGAAUGAGGCUAAAAACAUUAACAACCACGAUGCCAAGCCAGGGCAAGGUGAAGAUGCUCAGUUUGAGAUGGACAUCUAAAGGAGAGGAACCAACAUGAAGAAUGAUUAAUUACCUGGUACCUGUGUGCCAGUGGCUUGGCUUGUAGAAACCAAUGUUGUGAGCCCUCUCCUUUAGCUCUUUCUAGCUGCUGGGUGUUGCAUAAUCAUGGGGAUAAAUGACUAAAAGUUUGCCCAGUGGGGCUGCUGGAGCCCUGAAAGUUAACCUGGGAGCCUGUUGAGCUCUUUUUGUUUAGGUUUCAGGGCAGCCAUCAGCUGUACUUGCUUAAGUCACAGAGCAAAGGACAAAUUCUGUAUUCUAAGUGCCCGGAUAUGUUACCAAUUUACCAUAAACAAAUCAGCCAUCAGAGAUUCACUGCUGAUACAUCAGAGUACAUUGUUCUAGUUGAUACUCUUAAUGCAGUCUUCUUGUUUCAUAUGUAAACUGAUUUGCACCCAAGUCAGGAAAUGCAGUUAUCUGUAUGUACAUGUCCUCCUAAAUGUAAGAUCUUUUUUUUUUCGAAAAGGGACAGCACGAUAAUCAUCAUACUUUUGAUUAAAAAAAAGAAAGGAUUCCGUAUUCAUUCCAAGUAUUUUAUAUCAGUUAAAACAGGUGACUUUUGUUCUAGAUUUUUAUUUUCAGGUACUUAUUCAACUCAGAAAAAUAGUUUUAUAGAAUUGUCCAAAAACAGACCACGGACCUUAAUUACUUGGUUGAAUUUAUAUAGGAUUACAAUGCCAAACCAAUUUUCUACUUUUAUUUAGAACUACCCCAGAAUAAGAAUUUCAGUCCAUAGUCUUCUAAUUACCUUUUGCCCUUAUAGCUGGUUAAUUUUAAGUAAUAACGAAAGACCAAACUGUUACUUUAGGUCAUAGAGAAUGUUUCUGUUCAGAUUUGUCUUGCUAUCAGUGUGAUUUGUACCUACCUUUGCAUGGCGAGACACUUGAAAUGUCGAUAUCAGAUCUUAAUUUACAUUGUCUAGUUAAAGGUAUACAAUGCCAAGUACCAUUGGACUGAUCAAGGGUUUAAUAUACUUUAUGAAACAAUGACAAAUAAAAAUAGUUGGUCUCAGGAAGCACUUGCAUUAUGUACCUAACAAGUACACAUCUUAUGGCUCUGUUCAUGGGAGAAAUAGCACGGUGAAUAUUUAACAUUAACAUCAGCUGUGACAUCUACUGUCACUUUCCGAUUAUUACAAUCCUUACGAACCUUGAUAAUCAAAUCAAAGGUUAGAAAGCACUGAAGUGUUUUUUUGUUCAUUUCACUAUUGUCUGUCUCACAGCCACACAAUGUGAACGAUCCUUUGAAAGAUGGAUAGUUUUGUAGUGACCAGACAUUCAUAUUUUGGUUUAAAUCUAACCUCUUGAAAACUUGAACUGAAUCUUUCCGAUGCUCCUCUAUGCAUGUUCUUUUGGUCUGCUUUUUAGUCUUAUGUUCACUGAUCAUUUAAAUGUUGAGGUUUUUUUUGGGAUGCCAAAUCUUGUGGAAGACGAGAAGGUUAGAUUAAUAUUGAAAUAGAAUUAAGCAAAGAGAUUAUCCAAACAAAGUGACUUAAAGAGGAUAAGACUUAUUCUCAAGACUUUGUCUCAUUCUGUGCUCUGGUCAGUCUCUGAAGCACAGAAUUUCGCUCUCUCUCUCACACACAGACACACACACACAGAGUGAUCUCUUGUGCUUAGCCUCUGUAUCCAUGCCUUACUGUACUAAGCUGAGAAGCUGUCAAAAACAGUUUCCUUCCAUACCUUAAAUACAGGAUCAGUUAUUUUCUGUUUGAUUUCUUUCCAACUUUCAAGUUGAGGAUAAGAUCAAGAUAUUGCUGUGUUUUACUUGGAAACAUUAUAUUUUUGGAAACAUGUUUGUUAUAAUUUACUUUCUUACAGAGAUGGAAAGAUACAGCAGUAUAAUAUUUGUAAUAGUAAUGGACUGGUUAAAAAAUAAACACGGUUUAGGUUCGAGUUUGAUCGGUUGCAGUUAACUUUUUAGAAAAUAUUCAAUAUUGGUGAAAUCCUUGCCAAUUAGAGGCACAUUUUCAUUUCUGGUUUGAUUUAUAGAAUUUAUUAUAGUCAUAUUCAAGUAAUAAUGAUUUGCAGUAAAGGGAAGUUAAUAUACUGUCCUUCUGUAAUAGAUUUGUCAAAUCCCAGCUUGUUUAAGCAUCACUGCUUACUUUUUCCUUCAUACUUUCCCCAGGUCUCUGAAACUUUCAGAAAUGCAUUUAGCUCUCUGUUAGGAUGAAAGUUUUAUCUAAUGUGACAGAAAUUGGAAACUGUAUUUUCUCUCUUCUUUGAGACCCUGUUCAAUUUAAUUUGAAUGAAAUGCCAGUGCCAGUGGACACUGUUACAGCAAGAUCAAUAAAAGUUCCUUGUUAUCAA